UACAAGAAAUAUGUUGUUAGGUUGUGCUAAUUUUUGGCGCGGGGUACUGUCAAAUUCUUGGAAAUAAUUGCAAAUUUAUCAUGUUUACAACAUAAAUAUCGACAUGGAUUUACGUUAGUGUAAUCAUGUGAACAAUAAUCUUUCUUGUGGUGCAUUUAUUGUUUUACAAUUCUGAUUAAGUGAUGAGAUCAUUACCAAUUUGUACAGUUUUGUGAAAUGAAGAGAUGUAGUAUAAAUGCAUUAUGAACGGUGAAACCCCCAGUGUACCUAUCACAACUUUGGCAGGGGUGGCAAGCUUGACUGAUUUGCUGCCACAACUGCCUCUGCCCACCCCUUUGCCACAGACAGUUCAAAAUAAGUCCUUGCUAUAUAACCUCAAAAUUGCUGAAGAUGCACGUCUUCUACUGGCAUCCAAUGAUGAGGGUUUGGGCAAUCAAAUUGCCCAUGCUCUUAGGCAGACAAAUACCAAUCAUAUAGAAUUGAAGGAUACACUGAGUACUAAUACGGUUGAAGGAUAUGUCCCUAACUUGCUACAAACUGUAAUGCGAAAGGAUCCACACAUCUUUCAUGGCAAUACACAAUAUGAUGGUAUUCACCCUCAUGCCCAGCAGUUUGCCAGCUUUCCACUUCAAGGACAGAGAAUUCCCAGUGCUCAGCACCAUGUAUCUUCACAUAGUAAUUCCCAACAAAGCUCUUCUCCAAGACUCGCUCAUGUCCAGUCACCUAGGUAUCCGCCCAAUGUUUAUGCAUCUCCAAGCAACAGUCCUUAUUUGGCUGCAAGUGCUGGCAUUGGUCAUCAGACUAAUUCUGGAAUGGCACAUAGUUAUCAACCUAAUGCUGUUGCUAGUCCAGCUCAGGCGACUGCAGCAGAAAGGAUAUUGAACCCAUUCACGCAACAAUCAUCACCUAUUGUGUCACAAAAUCCCAACCUUCAUAAUAGGCGAUCAAGGAAUCCACCUAUUUCUAACAAUAGCAUUGAUCAACAGUAUCUUCAUGGCUUAAAAUCUCAGGAACCUGUACAGAAAAUGUCAGAUGUUAUGACUAACAGGACUAAUGUUCAUGGAGUUUCUAUUUUCCCUGAGCCUGUGAUCGUGUUAAAUGACAUUGGUGAUAAAAUAAACACAAGUAUAAGCAAACUGCCUUUACCUCCACACUUAGCAAGCACAUCAAUAAAAAAUCCUGAACCAUAUCAGAAAUCAAAAGUCAUUGAGACCAAGAAAAAAAAUGAACCAGUUGUCAUGUUGGAAAUGUUAGAUCCCUCUACGUUAAAGUCUAUCCAAAAAGGUGGCUCUGUGAAAACUGACUGUGAUACUGAAUCUCGUAAGAGAAAAAGAGAAGAAACUAGUUACAAUAUCUCUAGAACUGCAGGACCAGGUGACAUGUCUUUUCAAGCUUCUAGGAACAGACGCUCCGAUGAUACAUAUAAAAAUAGGGCAGUGAAAAAGAGGCGUAAUUCUGUGGAGAGUGAUGAUGCAUCUUCACUGUCAGAAUUUGUUGAAAUUGAAGAAGACAUUGAAGCUUAUAAUGCACGCAUGAAAAAGAAAGAAAAACAAAGCAAGAAAAGGCUUUUGCAGCCAAUUGUUAGUUUGGAAGAUCUACUGGAUAGUCCUAUAUUCAAGAAAUUUAACAGCUGCGUAGAUCUGGUAUUUGAUUGUGCUGAAGACGCUAAUUUUGCUAGUAUUGAUAAAGAUAGUGAUGAUGUUGAAUGCCCACCAGAAUCACUAAUUUCUAGAGGAGUUCUCACUGACUUAUGUGGAGAAGCUGCAAAGUUAAAAGCUAUGAAUGCACUCAGUCAGAUUCCACCUGAACGUUUAGUAAAACUGCUGACCAUUUUGCUUUGGAAUGUUCGUGAUGGUUGUAAAGUUACUCCAAAUAUUAAUCAGGAAGAAGAUGAGGAAGAGUCAAAAUUAUGGAGAGAACUAACCAUGGACAGGGUAAUGCGUAGUAUGGAUGCAUCAUUAACUGCAUUGUCAGUAAUGACUGGAAGAAAUAUGCCAAAACAAGUCUAUUUAGAAGAUGUUAUUGAAAGGAUAAUACUCUAUGCUAAAUUUCAAUUGCACAAUACAAUUUAUCCAGAGUUUGAUCCUGUUUACAAAAUUGAUCCUAAAGCUAAAGAUGGGUAUCAUGGCAGUUUAAAAGCCAAACGUGCAAGAGCUGGAUCAGUCAAACAUAAAUCAACUAUCACAUUGUACAAUAAAAUGUGUGAGCUUGUUAGUGCAUUAGCUUCACUAUUAGAAAUUCAACAGUUAACAGAUACAGUAAUUUUACAGGUUUCAUCUUUAGGAGUUUCUACCUUUUUUGUAGAAAAUAUUAGUGAACUUCAGUUAAAUGCAAUGAAACUAGUGACAACAGUAUUCUCACGGUAUUCAAAACAUAGGCAGCUUAUCUUAGAAGAUAUCUUUGCUAGCUUAGCUAGACUUCCAUCAAGCAAAAGAAAUCUUAGAAAUUACAGGUUAAACUCUGAUGAAUCUAUACAAAUGGUGACAGCUCUGGCUUUACAGCUAAUCCAGUGUGUAGUAAAAUUACCCGAAGCUGAUCAAGAUGAACAAGAAAAGGGUGAACAAGAAAAACAAAAGAAGAACAAGACUACAGCAGAAGAGGGUUCCCUCACAAAAAGUGAUAAUGAUGUUUUAAUUGUCACAUCAUAUGAAACUGCAAUGAGGACAGGUUACAACUUUUUAUCUGUUUUUUUGAAGAAAUGUACAACUAAAGGUGAAGAAGAUUAUCGGCCAUUAUUUGAGAAUUUUGUUCAAGAUUUGCUGACCACUGUAAAUAAACCUGAGUGGCCAGCAUCAGAGCUGCUCUUGAGUCUUUUAGGACGAAUCUUAGUACAGCAGUUUAGUAGUAAAGCAACGGAUAUGUCUCUCCGUGUUGCAUCUUUGGAGUAUCUAGGCAUUGUUGCAGCAAGAUUAAGGAAGGAUGCAGUUACCAGUCAGUUAAACCAAGAUGUCAUUGCUGAUAUAGUACAAAAGGUUAGUGAGAAUAAUGAUGAAGAUUCUGCAACUCCUAGCAAAAGUAAAAAGUCUGAGCAAAAAGGAACUCCUGAUAUUACAGAGAGGCUUCAGCAAGCGAUGCUGGAGUAUCUUGCUUACAAUGCCCAAAGUGAAUCAGCAUUAUUUUUUGCAAGACAAUUCUACAUAGCCCAGUGGUUCCGUGACACAACUGUUGAAGCUGAAAAAUCAUUAAAAGCACAGCUUAAUACCUCAGGCGAAGAGCAAGAUGAAGAUUUUAAUGAAACUAAAGAAGAAACCUCAACAGAAUGUAUGCAGAAUGCAGAGAAAAGAAAAGUGUUUCUUUGCUCUCAAAUUUCUUGUUACAAUAAACCUAUUGGUAAUAUAAGAUAUGCAGGUGCCAAACUUGAUUAUGACAGUGCUUGUUUAGUUGCAAGAUAUUUAUCAUCCAAGCGUCCGUUUGCUCAAAGCUUUGAUAUCUAUUUAACACAGAUCUUAAAAGUUUUGCGUGAAACAGCAGUAGCAGUAAGAACUAAAGCCAUGAAAUGCCUUACAGCUGUUGUUGAAGCUGACCCAGCUAUCCUUGCCAGGUCUGACAUGCAAAGGGGAGUUCAUGGCAGAUUUCUUGAUCAGUCAACAUCUGUUAGAGAAGCUGCAAUUGAAUUAGUGGGAAAGUUCAUCCUCAUUCAACCUGACCUUAUUCCAAAUUACUAUGACAUGCUUUCUGAUAGAAUUUUGGAUACAGGAAUAAGUGUUAGAAAGAGGGUUAUACGCAUUUUCAAAGACAUCUGUGUGGAACAUACUGAUUUUCCUAAAAUUCCUGAGAUGUGUGUUAAAAUGAUCAGAAGAGUCAAUGAUGAAGAGGGCAUAAAGAAACUAGUGAAUGAAGUCUUUCAAACUAUGUGGUUUACACCUUUAGGAUCACGUGAUAAGGACACUGAAAAACUGGUUCAAAAAGUAAUGAACAUCACAGAUGUUGUUGCUGCUGCCAAAGACACCAGCUAUGAAUUUUUUGAGCAAUUACUAGAAAAUUUGCUUAAGAAAGAUGAAGAGGGAAAUUAUAAUAAAGCAGCAAUAACAGCUUGUAAGCAGAUAGUUGAUUGCCUUGUAGAGAAUGUCUUAAGGAUAGAAGAAAAAAGUGUUGAAAAAUCUGAAGGAAGAACAAUAAGUGCUCGUCUUGUUGGAUGUCUAUCAACACUGCAUUUGUUCAGUAAAAUUAAACCAGAUCUCAUGGUGGAACAUGCAACUACUCUUCAGCCUUAUCUUGACAUUAAGUGCAAUACUCAGGGAGACGUUAUGGUCCUUCACUAUGUAGCCCGCAUUCUUGAGCUUGUCAUACCCUUAAUGGAUCAUCCAAGUGAAUCAUUUUUAGCCCAAGUAGAAGAAGAUAUGGUUAAACUGAUUUUUAAGCAUGGGAUGAUGGUAGUGCAGAGCUGUGUAAGUUGUCUUGGAGCUGUUGUGAAUGAAGUAAGCCAUAAUUAUGAAUUAGUCCGAGACUGUUUCAAAAAGUUUUACGGUGUAUUGGCCAGAUUAAUGUUAGAUCACAAAACUAAUAAAGACUGUCCAACAUUAAAAACAAGAAGGCCAACACUUCUAAGGGCAUUGUUUACUGUUGGACUCUUAUGCAAACAUUUUGAUUUAGAUUCAAAGGACAUUGGUGAAGCUAAAAUCUGUGUGAGAGAAACUGUGUUUGAUGUAUUCAUGUAUUUUGUUGGACAUGAGGAUGAAGAUGUGCAACUAAAGGCAUUGACAGCAGUUGGUUUUUUUGCAUGCAGGCACUAUUCGUUUAUGUUGGGGCCAAUACUAAAGGAUUUAUACACAAGGCUUUUGACAGAUGAUAAAGCAUCAGUAAAACUUAGGUGUCAGGUACUGAGAAAUUUGCAAGUAUACUUGACAGAAGAAGAGCUUCAAAUGUCCAAGUCUGAUGCUGAUUGGAAGAAACAUUCCAAAAAAGAGGAUCUUAAAGAAAUGGGUGAUGUUCAAUCAGGAAUGGCGAGUACUGUGAUGCAAGUCUAUCUUAAGGAAUUAAUGGAGGCAUUUUUUCAUGAGAAUUCACAAGUUAGGUUGACUGCACUAAAUGUCGUGACCCUUGUCCUCAAACAAGGUCUAGUCCAUCCCGUCCAGUGCAUCCCCUACUUAAUUAGCAUGGGUUCUGACAAUGAGCAAGCCAUUAGAGUGAAAGCUGAUCAGCAAUUGCAGGAAAUAGAGAAAAAAUAUCCUGGUUUUACUCAUAUGAAAGCACUUCAAGGCAUGAAAGCAUCAUAUCGACUUCAGAAAGUGUUUCAUUCAAACAACCCCAUGGAACCCGUCAGGGGCCGCAGAUUUAAUGAUGAAAAUCAACCGCAAGCUCUCAAUGCAUUCCUAUAUUCCCUUUUGCGGUCAAACAGAUCUCACAGAAGAGGCCUGCUUACUUCAAUACUCAACCUUUUUGAUGAUUCUGCUAGAAUUUCCCUUGAAGAGCAAGUCUACAUUGCGGAUAAUCUGGCAUAUUUUGCAUACCAGUCCCAGGAUGAACCUUUAUUCAUAAUCCAUCAAACAGAUAUCAUUGUCUCUGUAACAGGCUCAAACCUUUUGCAGACAUUUAGAGAGAAUUUACUUCACAAACAUGUUAAGGAAGGGGAACAGAAUGGUGUAAGUGGUGAGAACUUGCCUAAUGGCAAUGUAAGUGCCGUUGAUGAUGAAGAUGACGAUGAUGACCCUGAAUCAUUAUUAAACAAGCUUCCUGAAAACAUCAGACCUCUUGAGGAUGUGAUGCAUUUAUCACAAGGAUGUGUGCUGUUAUUGGUGCUAAAACAACAUCUCAAAGAGAUGUAUGGCCUUACAGAGGGCAAAAUUCAUAGAUAUUCCCCAACAGAGGCAGCAAAAGUUUAUGAAAAACCUUUAAAUCGCAAAGCCAUGCCAAUAUUUGAGCCCCAACACACUUUAAAGGUCUUGCAGUCAGUUUAUGAAGAGGAUACUAGAACAGAUGAAGAGAAAAGGCAAAAGAUGAUUCAAGAAUAUCUGGAGUUUAGAGACUUAAUGAUGAGCAUAGAUCCCAAUGAGGAUGAAGAAAGUGGAGAUGAAGCGAGGGGUGGUGGACAUGCUACACCUGGUACUUCAAAAUCUCCAUCCCACCAAAGUGAUGAGGGUAGAAAUGGUGAACCCAUUGUUGUUGAUGGAAAUCCUGAAAGUGAUAGGCUGCAGGCCAAUUCCACUCCAGGAAUGUCUGAAAAUCCUUCCUCAACAUCAAGAUCUCCAAAACUAUCCAAUUUCUCUUAUGAUCAUCAUCAUCAUCAUCCUCACAGUGACAAAAAGAAGAAAAGUCAUCAUUCAUCACAUAAAACACAUAAACUUUUGGCCUCUGGUGGUCAUAGAACACCCACUGUAAAAAAGAAAAGGAAGAAAAGAAAGCGUCUGGGUAGUGAUGAAGAUGAUGACAGUGAUGAAGACCCAGAUUUUAUUGGUUGAGUGGUGUUUGCUAUUUAUCUCAACAGUUUGUUUUCCCCGUUGUUUGAUUGUUGUUAAUGCAACACUAGUAAAUUGAGCACUCCUGCAUAUCUGAUGAUUCAACACAGCUAUACAGCAAGCAUUUCUAUUUGGCAAAGAAACAAUUCAAUAAAAUGGAAUCAGCAAUGCUUCACACCAUUAACUUCUUUUUGUUGACAACUAUAAAUUCCACUAUCCAACUUAUCUACUUUGUUAGCAGCAGCCGGAUACUUUCUUCAAAAAAUUUGGGUUUUGGAUACACUAUAUGGAAAAUAACACAGACAAGUUUUUCUUUUCACCCUCUAAAUAUGGAAGUUGAAUAGUGGUAUUUUGUGUGUAAAUAUAUAUUUAUCUACUUUAAAAUUUAUAUACUUUUCUAUCCAUUUUUUUUUUUCUAACAUAAGUUAGCGUAUUUAUUUUUAAAAGUUUAAUUGCAUUGAACUAUAAUUUUUAUGAAUUACAAGGGUAGAAUUUCCUGAUCUUGAAAACUGGUGUUGCCACAUUAUAGUACAUUUGAGUUUUUAACAAUCUAAUUUUAGUAUAAAUGACAGAGUUAUCUUCUUAGCCACAACCAUUAAGGGGUCAAAAUGGAACUGUUCUAAUGUUGGAAUAUUGUUGUUAAUUGUGAAAGGCUUUAGGACUGUGAGAAGGUAUAAUGAUGGUGCUGUGUAGUGAAGUUAUGCUAGUGAACUCUAUUGAAGAAGGUCACUUUCAACAACAAAAUUGCUUGAGACAUCUGCUGUUGGAAAUUAAAAUCAGCAAAGUGUAGUGCUUCACACACCAUAACUUCAUAUGCCAGAAGCACAGUAGUCUGAGCUGCACAUUUUUAUUUUUGCAAUUUACAGAUAUUUCCUGAUGUUUAGCUAAUUGUUAUGAUUAGUCGGUAAAUUAGAAAAAAGUUCAAUUUGAAGAAGAAAAUGCAUUACAAUAGCUAUUACUUUUAACUGAAAAGACUUGUAGUAAAAGAAUUGUACUAUCUAAUAAUAUUUUUGCACUUGUGGCUACAGUUUCUUUUAUAAUUUAUUAAAAUUCAAUUUUUAGUAAGACAGUGCAAUUAAGUUGUCAAAUGUUACUGAUGCAAAUGUUUCCUAAAAUUUUUAUUUGAUGUAUAUUGGUCUUUAAGUAACUGCUUUCUAAUUUGCAAAAAAAAAAACAUUUGAAAAUAUUGUGUUCAUGUUCUUAUACAAAAAAAAUCUUAUAUAGUAAAGCUUGUUGAUGAAUGAUUUUAGCUUGGUUGUUUAUACUCUUUUUAUAUAGAUUGUAUAUAAAUGUUCACUCAAAAUAACGAUUUGUAAACAAUUUAAUUUUACAUAAAUAAAAUAUGAUCUAUCAAUGAUAAGGGCCCAGUUUUUUUUUUAUCAGUUAUUAAUCUGUGAAGUCUGAUUGUUUUAAUAAAUAGUACUUAUAAAAGAAAGAUACUAAGUAAUUUUUUUUUUCAGUAAGAAAGUUAGUAAUUAUGAAAAUUGCUUUUACUGUAGACGUAUCUAGAAUGUUAGCAUUAUUCUUCAGUUAAGUAAAUAAUUCUUUUACGUCAAAUUACACUCAUGCUUAUACCCACUUUCUUGUAGAUCAAUUUGUUCUGUCAUUAUUCUGAAUUAUUCUUUGGAAAUACCUGAACUAUCUACUUGAGUAUAUCUUUCAAUCAUUGUUUACACAAUGUUUUGAGUUCAAUUGUUAAGCAAUGUCUUUGUGGCUUAUUGUGAUCUGUAGCUUUAGAUGCAUUACUGUUCUCUUUGUUGAAAAUGAGAUAAGCAAUUCAUAUUGGCAGGUUUGCUCAAUUUAAAGUGUCAUGUGUACAUUUGUUGUCUCUAAUAUCUUCAUUUGUCUUGUUUUCAUUUUAAAUUGUGUUCUUUGUUGUUCAUUGUUGAGCUUUUGUUCUUAAUUUUUUUAACCACAAGAGCAUAUGGCUAAAUGUUUGCCAUAUUCAGAGAUGCAGUUAUGUUUCUUUAUUGUAAAGUUUUGCUGCAUCUUAGAUGUUGGAUUUCUUUCUCCAGGUUUUAUAUUUGAAAACCAUUUCAUUCUAUCUCAUAUGUGAAUUUCCACAUCGUUUCAUUUUAUUGCCCAUAUUAUAUAAUUGAUGAUCAAAUCUUCCAUGAACUAAAAAAAUAAAAAGUUAUUUAAGAA